AACACUUUUAUUUAUUCUGUAACAUGUUAAUGGUGUAUCAACAUUUUCUUUAAUUGUAUUAUUUAUACUAGUUCUACGUCAUCAGCAUGCCUACAAAAAAGAAGAAAUUUAUUGAUAAAAAGAAGGCAGUAACUUUUCAUUUGGUUCAUCGUAGUCAGAAAGAUCCACUUCAGGCUGAUGAAACAGCACCAAAACAUGUUUUGUUACAGUCAUCUUCAAAAGAAACAAAAACAGAUUAUCAAAAAAGGAAAGAACAAGAAAGAAAGUUUGGAGUCUAUUUUGAUGAUGAUUAUGACUAUUUGCAACAUUUGAAAGAUGUUGAUUUAGUACCUGACUGGGAACCAGUUUUGGAAAGAGUGAGAAUAUCCAAUGAUGAGUAUCAGAUGGAAGUCAAGGAGAGCAGAUUAAAGUUGCCUUCUUCAGUAUUUCAAUCUACCGUAGAAGAGAAAGUUGGUCUUUUAAAUAAAGUUGUUUCUAUAAAAGGACCAAGACCAGAUUGGGAUCCAGAUAUUGUUGCAGCAUUAGAUGAUGAUUUUAAUUUUGACGAUCCCGAGAAUGAAUUGGAUGAUGAUUUUAUUACAAUAGCUAAUAAUGUCGACAGUGAUGAAGAACUCACUGAAGGAAGAGAAGGAGAUGACGAAAUGGAAAAUUUUGACGAUAUCCCAUCUGAUGAAGCAGAAUUUCAAGAAAAUGAUGACUUUUUUGAUAGACAUAAUUCUUUUAUUGAAGAAGAAACGCGAUCUAGAUUUACAAAUUAUUCAUUAACUUCAUCUAAUUUACCAAGAAGUGAACAAUUACAGUUUUUGGAUGAUAGAUUUGAAAAGCUAUAUGAACAGUAUGAUGAUGAUGAAAUUGGAACACUUGAUCAUGAAGAAAUCUGUGGCUAUAUUCAACCAAACAGUAAAAUUCUUACUCAGUUGGCAGAAGAAUAUGAAAAAAAGAAAAAGAAAAGUACUCUAAAAGACAUUCGUGAAGAGUUGCGUUCUGAUGAAAAAGAUUAUGGAGUUGAAGAAAGUAGCAGUGAAACUGAAGAAAUAAUAAAGGUUAAAGAAAACAGACUGGAUUGUGAAUCUAUUAUAAGUACAUAUUCAACUUCCAGUAAUCUUCCAAAAUUAAUUAUCGAGCCUAAAAAGGUAUUUGUUUUUUUAUAAUUCUUAAAUAUGUGAAUUUAUUUAAUAAAAU